CACAGUCAUCCAGUACAGAGUCUAGCGGCUGCUUAGAGGUUUUUGUUUAAUUUUAUUUGUUUUAAUUGGGGUGUCUAAGACUUUUGCACACUCCUGUAUCUGAAUUCAUCUAAAUUAUUAUUAAUAAUAAUAAUAAUAAUAAUAAUAAUAAUGAUAGUUCUAAAAAUGAAUGAGGACCACAUUAAAGGAUGCAUUAGGUAAGAUUAGUCUUUUUUUCUCUCUCAAAGAUUAGGUCUCUAAUUAUGGAAGCCAGUUUCCGCCACGGGGGGGUCAAAAAAAAGUCAGAAUUGUGAGAUGUAAACUUGUUAUUGCGAAAAAUAAAGUCAAAUUUGUGAGAUGUUCACUCAAACUUGUGGGGAAAAAGGUCAGAAUUGCGAGAUAUAAAUUCUGGGAAAUAAAGUUGCAAUUACUAAUUUUUAUUAUUUUUUUCUCUGUGGCAAAAAUGGGAUUUUUUUUUUUGUUUGUUUGUUUUUUGGGGGUUUUUUUUCCCCCCUUAGGUAGGGUUCAACAUACGAAUGAUUCCUGUACCUGUAUCUCAGGUGGCCCAUAAAAUAACUGGUGGCUUUCCAAAUACAAACAAGCCUUCCGGGCCGGAAGUCAAUUUUCUAAACGGAUUUUCUCAGUAAUCUAACAAACCUUUGCUAAGGCAGCAGUUUAACCCAGUGGUUUUCAAAAUGGGGGCCGCCAGGGGGCGCCCGGGGGGCCUCAACAAUUUGGGGUGAAAAAUAAAUAAAUACAUGAUUUUCUCUUUCUCACUCUCACACAACCACACACACACAAUCGAUUCCUAAUGUAAUGUAAUAUAAAGAUGUAAGAUGUAAUUAUUAAUUUAAAAAAGGGGGAUAUAUUCAGAAUUCUGUAUUUUUAAUGUUUUUUAAAGACAUCUUGCAAAAGGAGGGCCUCGGUCAAAUGUUAAUGCCUUUUGGGGGGCCUUGCCCUGGAAAAGUUUGGGAACCCCUGACUUAACCCAUUGGGUUUUUUUUUUUUUUUUUAUCACGUUCUAUAUGUUUUCCAGGUUAUUCGUACAAGUUAGGAAUAAAAAACGACUAUUGCACCUUUAAGUCAGUCAUAUGAAAUGACACGAAAGUAGCCAUAGACCCUCCCUCAAGCUUCAUCAUUCCCUCCCCCUGGAAAGCGUUGCCAGAUUGGUGUUAUCCCCUCAUCUCUAGGACAGGUUCUGCAGAAGGCAUUGGAUUGCAAAUGAUCUUGUUUAGUAAAUAAACUUGUUGGAGUAACCUUUCUCAAAGUUGCACUUGAAGCUGCUGUAUAGCCUGGUGAUUUUGGGAGGGUUGGCUUUGAGAUUGGGAGUGAAACUGUCAUCACAAUCUGGCAACCCUGCCUAUAACUCUAACCAGUACAGCGCUUUAAAAGACGCGGGUAGAGUCAGAGGUAGAGGUAGAGUCAGAGAUCCGCUUCUCCAAACUCGUUACCUCUCUGUCUUUAGUCACAUUUCAUUUUUUUCUUGAAACCAAAGUUUGCACCUUGAUCAUUACCCCGGCGCAAUAUUAUUUAUUAUAUAUAAUAUUGCACAAAGUUCCUUUUGUAAAUUUUUUUCAUGUGUGUAUCCCUUCUUUUUUUUCUCAUCAUGCUCAUCAUUGGAGUAUCAGUGCUAAAGAGUUCUCGUCUUUCUUUCUGAAGAAGGAUUUUGACGGGCCGCCGCCUUUAGAGAGCUUUCUUAUGACGAUGACGUGGGGUGAGCGGACGUUAAGGAGAACAGGAACCGCACCUCCGUCACCUGCAGCAGCACCGAUCAGCGCAGCCAAGAGGAGCCUGUCCAAGCUCAGCCGCAAGCACAGCAAUGGAUCUGUCCAAUCUAGCUCAUCGGCUGGUACUGCCAUGUCUGUGGAGGGCGUGGGCUUCAGGCAACCAGCCAAGAGCAGAAUCCGCCGACAUCAGCACCGCCUUUCCUCUGUGUUCAGCCGUGGUGUGCUCUCGGCUCGUGCGGACGUAGUUACAGCUGGAGAAGAGCCAUCAGUAACAGACGAUCCCUCAGAACUGUCCAGUCACAUAACGGCACCAGGUAUCCUGAAGAUUUUUGGCACCGAGAUCUGCGAAGGUGCCAAUUAUAAGAGCGUCCUGGCUACAACCCACUCCAGUGCCAAAGAGCUGGUGAAAGAAGCACUCGAGAGAUACUCUCUGAACAAAGCGGAUGCUGAUGCCUACGUUCUUUGUGAUGUUAUCGGCUGCAUCAGAGAACGAGAAUGGAGGAGCGAGUGUGUGCGUGUGGUGGGAGAUAACGAGCGGCCGCUGCUCCUGCAGUCGCUCUGGAAGCCCAGAGAAGGCUACGCUCGGCGGUUUGAAAUCCAGAGUAGAGUCAGCGUGGAAGAGAAGAUCUCCAGAGACAAGGAUACAGUGACUGCAGGGAUCAACGCUCAGGCUCGUAAACUGCAGAAGACGCGCUCACGGGGGAGGUCUGUGGUGUUCAACGGAGGCGGGCGUGGCAUUGCCACUGAUAUUGGGCUGAGUCUGUGUAGGAGUCUCAGUGAAGCAGAUCUCAGGCCCUCCCCUGAGCCCCAGCAGAGCCUUAAGAGCCAAUCGGGUGGAGAGGACUUGGAGGCCUACAAAGAGCUGCCCUGUGCAGCUGGCAGAAAAGAAGAGACGGAGAGCAGCGAUGACAACUGCACACAGUAUUCCAUUCACCCACCUGAACACUUCCCUUACUUCCUGCUACUGCAGGGCUUCAGUUACAGACAGGACUUCAUCAUCUAUUCUCUAAAUAGCAGCUGUACAGUGUUUGGCCAUCAUUCUGAGCAAUCUGAUGGAGAGAAAGAGCGGCCAGCUGUAGGUGUGACUCUUUGGGCUCCUGACAUCCAACCACAGCACUGCUGCAUUCAGAGAGUCCAGGUCACAACUUCUGACCUUCAGCAAGAUGAUAGGAAAGGACCAGGAGUCACAGUUCUGAAGCCGUUACAUGGAGCAUUGGUCAAGAGGAACGGAGAUGUUGUCAACCAAGAGGUGGAGCUUCAUUCGGGAGAUGUCAUAGGCUUGGGCGAGAAUUACCUCUUCAUGUUUAAGGAUCCCAACACUGAAAUUUUGGGAAAAUCCCCUAGUGUAGCUCCUCCAUGGCGACAUGACUCACCACAACCUCAUCCUCCGACAUCAUUUCCUCUCUAUCAGAGAUGUAUGUUAUCUAUGUCAGAGGGCUCAGGAACACCCUGCGCUGCAGAAAGCACCAUGCCCUGCCUGAGGGACACAAACGGACAAGAGCUCAUCCUCUUUUAUGACGUAGAGCACGAAACACGGGUCCUAGAGGAGAUAUUUACAAAGGUAGACCGUCAUGAAGACCUGCACAAGCUCACCCCAUCUUUCCUGAUGUGUUUAUGCCUCCAGCAAUCAGCCACACAUUUUCCCAUGACUGACCUGCGACGACUUCUGCUACAUAUCGCCAAUAAGGUUCAAAUAGCUGUAUUGGAAAGGGCGAAGGAGCUUGCAGCUAUUCAGUCUGAAAUGGACGGCAUUGACCCAGUGGAGCUGCAGCCGGAGAACCUUCUCAGAAGCCUGCAGCCGCUUGUUCUGUGGAUGGCCAACUCCAUCGAACUCCUCCAUUUCAUCCAUCAAGAAGUGCCUUGCUUGUUGCAUGGGAUUUCACGAAUGGAGGAGGAAGAGGAGGAAGAUUGCAUGGCUGUGUUGGAGUUGCGCUUGUCUACGGUGCGUCCUGCCAGCGAGGAGGCCAUGACGGUCCUGGAGGAGGUCAUUAUGUUUACCUUCCAGCAGUGUGUCUAUUACCUCACCAAGCUCCUGUACCCAGUCCUCCCAGGCCUGUUAGACAGUAAUCCUUUCUCAGAGAAUGGGCAGGUACAGAUCCCUGAUGAAGUUGCCAGCGUGUUGGACAUCUUAACAAAGACACUGAAGCUCAUCAAAGACUUCCACAUACACCCUGAAAUUUCCAUACAGCUCUUCACUUACCUCUUCUUCUUUGUCAAUGCCUUCCUCUUCAACCUGCUCAUGGAGCGAGGAUCAGGGGGAAGCUUUUACCACUGGUCCUGUGGGGUUCAGAUCCGUGCAAAUUUGGAUGUGCUGAUAGACUGGGCUUACACGGCAGGGCUCGGAGAGCUGGCACAGAACCACCUCGUCAAACUCUCCUCCGCUGUCAAUCUGCUGGCCACCACUCGAGAACAUCUGCUGCAGGCAUCAUGGGGUUCUUUGAGGACAGAGUUUUCCUUACUUAGCCCUGCUCAGCUUCACCACAUGCUGAGGGAGUACAACCCGCGCCGGCCCUGCCCCUCUGCGUGGACGCCCUGCAGCGCCGACGCCGACGCAGCAUGCCGAACUGCUGAUAUCCUUGAAAGCUUUGAUGACCACCCGCCUCUUGUCCUGCCCAUCGAUGGCUUUCAGAUGAACUUUAAAAAGCCUAUUAGAGAUACAAGGCUCAUUGAAAAACUCGUGCAGCUUCAGGCAGUCAUCAAGGCACUUAAUGUUGGAGCAUCAACUGCACAAUGUGCUCACCGUGAAUCCGCCGUACCCCUGGAAGCCAAACGCACCAAAAUGGACGUUUUUCCAAAAGCCCAUCUGGAACAAGGACACACACUAUUGAUGCUGCCUAAGAACUGUGAUUCUUCCACUUGUUCUUCAGUAUCAGGUGACGAGGGCGUGUGUGAAGUUGUGCUUACCCAAAAGAUAAAGGCUCUGGAGCUACAGGACAUAGAGACGAACCACAACAGCGAAACUAAGCACUUAGCACUGGAAACCUCGUGCUUGCUCACCCCACCUAACACACCACUGAGCUCAGAGUCCAGGACCGAAUGCCAGGAUAUGCAGUCCCACCAUCACACUCCCCAGAGCUGUGAGACAACCAAGCAUGAGGAAGGAGGAUGUGGAAGGCAUGGAGUCGGCGAUGAUGAAGUGUUUGUGGUGGAGCUGUUGAAGGGCCCUGGAGGAUUAGGACUGUCUCUAGUGGAUGGGGUGGAAACACCAAUGAAGAUGAAUGGGAUCUAUAUUAAAUCUGUGAUCCCAGGGUCUCCUGCAGCUCUGAGUCAGAGACUGCGGCCAGGCGAUCGACUUCUGGCAGUCAAUGGCCACAGAUUGGUUGGCUUGGACUACCAUACUGGCAGAGAGCUCAUUCAGAAGGCUGGAGACCAAACUCAGUUGCUAGUUGCCCGGUCUGAAAGAAUUCGCGAAGACACAGUGCCAAAUCGCUGAGCGUGCCAACCCAUCUCACACAUGCACUUUGAAGCUGUUCUGGGAAAAUGCCAAGAUUUUAUUCUCCUGUGUUUUUGUAUGAAGACACCAUUUUAUAAAUGUUUUAAAACACUAUUGUGGUGUUUUAUGAAACUGAUGCUUAUUCCAUGAUUUUCCUUUUAUUUUAUUUUUACGUCAUUUUUGUCAUCUGUUUAACAUACGGCCACCAUAUUUGUAGUAAAAACUAUUAUUAAUCGAUCAAUGUGCCUAAAUAAUAAUAACAAUAAAAAAAAAUUUUAAAACACA